AUGCGGCAGUCAUCGUCCGUAGCGUCGUCGGGGGACACGGCGGCGCCGCGCAUGUACUUCAUCCCGUUCCCAACGCCGGGGCACGCGCUGCCGAUGUCCGACCUCGCCCGCCUCUUCGCGUCCCGCGGCGCCGACGCCACGCUCGUCCUCACGCACGCCAACGCCACAAGGCUUGGUGGCCCCGUCGCCCGCGCGGCUGCCGCGGGCCUCCGCAUCCGUAUCAUCGCGCUCACGCUGCCCGCAGAGGCCGCCGGGCUCACGGGUGGUCACGAAAGCGCCGACGACCUUCCCAACCGCGAGCUCGCCGGGCCUUUCGCGAUCGCCGUUGACCUCCUCUCUCCGCUCUUCGCCGAUCUCCUGCGCCGCCAGCCUGCCGACGCCGUCGUGUUCGACGGCGUCCUCCCGUGGGCAGCCACUGCCGCCUCGGAGCUCGGCAUCCCGCGGUACGCGUUCACCGGCACGGGGUGCUUCGCGCUCUCGGUGCAGCGUGCUCUGCUGCUCCACAGCCCACAAAAUGGCGUGGCGUCGGACACCGAGCCGUUCUUAGUGCCAGGCCUGCCCGACGCGGUGCGGCUCACCAGGUCGAGGCUCGCCGAGGCGACGCUCCCGGGCGCGCACUCGCGUGAGUUCUUGAACCGCAUGUUCGACGCCGAGCGCGCCACGACCGGGUGGGUCGUCAACUCGUUCGCGGACCUCGAGCAGAGGUACAUCGAACACUACGAGAAGGACACGGGGAAGCCGGUGUUCGCCGUCGGGCCGGUCUGCCUAGUCAACGGCGAUGGCGACGACACCCUGGAGCGCGGCCGCGGCGGGGAGGCCGAUACGGCCGCCGAGGCCGCGCGCGUGCUGAGGUGGUUGGACACGAAACCAGCCCGGUCGGUGGUCUACGUCUGUUUCGGCAGCCUCACCCGGUUCCCGCGGGAGCAGGUGGCCGAGCUCGGCAUGGGCCUCGCCGACUCCGGCGCGAACUUCGUGUGGGUCGUCGGGGACAAGAACGCGCCGCUGCCGCUGCCGGAGAUCGACGGCGCGGCGCCGUGCCGCUGGCUGGUGGUCAAGGGGUGGGCCCCGCAGGUGGCGGUGCUGCGGCACGCGGCGGUGGGCGCGUUCGUGACGCACUGCGGGUGGGGCGCGGUGACCGAGGCGGCGGCGGCGGGCGUCCCGGUGCUGGCGUGGCCGGUGUUCGCGGAGCAGUUCUACAACGAGGCGCUGGUGGUGGGGCUCGCGGGCACGGGCGUCUCCAUGGGCGCGGAGAGGGGGUACGCGUGGGGAGGCGAGGCGCUGGGCGGGGUGGUGGUGGGCAGGGAGGCAGUGGCGGAGCGGGUGCGCAGCGCGAUGGCGGACGAGGCGCUGCGGGGGAGGGCGCGCGAGGUCGGCGAGCGUGCGCGGUGGGCGGUGGAGGCGGGAGGGUCCUCGUACGAGGCCGUGGGCGCGCUGCUGGAGGAUGUGCUGCGGCCUCAACGCCUACGCCAGGGCCAGGACGGGGCCGGGAGACCUGCAGGCGGGAUGCCGUGA